AUGUCUUCUUCACCUAGUAUACCUGAUGAAAACAUCAAUUUUGAUUUGGUAUACGCGCUUCAUACCUUUGUUGCAACCGUUGAAGGUCAAGCGUCCGUAGUAAAAGGCGACGCAUUGAUAUUGAUGGAAGACACAAAUAUUUACUGGUGGUUAGUUGAAGUACUAAAGACACGUGAAGUCGGUUACAUUCCGGCUGAAAACAUUGAGACACCUUACGAAAGACUGGCAAGAUUAAACAAGCAUCGCAAUGUAGAAAUAACUUCACCUUCCAUACAUGAUAUUGCACCUUUACCUUUAGCAGCAACACACCCUUUACAUUCAACCCGAAGAGUUACCAUUGGCGACGAGGCCUUGUCCCAAAUAUUUCACUACGAGGUUGAAACAGAUUUGGAAGAUGACGAUGAGGAAGGCUAUGAGAUGGACCAUUUAAGUGAGGAAGAAGACGAAGAAGAAGUACAAGUGGAAGAAGAGCAAAUAUAUCAAGUCAAAAGCGAGUUCCAGGAGAUAAAAUAUGACGAUGUUGCUGAAAAACAGGUUUGGCAAGAGAAGCUCUGGGACGAAGAAGAAAAAGUGGAUCUUGAAGCCGUGAUGAUGGAAGAAGACAAGAUGGAUCUUCGUAUUUUUGCAGGAAAUAUCGGACAAGGGCCUUUAUUUCAUACGUUUCCUGUUCUUGUAAGCACAGCUGCAGACGAUUUAAUCAAGAUUGCAGUCAAUAAAUUUUGUAUGAUGGACAACAUUGAAUCAUCAGAGGAUACAACAAUAGAAUACUAUCUUGCCGUACAGGGUAUGGAUGGUGAUGAGUAUGUACUUUCGCCCCAAGAUAAACCUUAUUCGAUCUUCAAGACAUUGACAGAUUCUUUAACUACACCAAUGCCUUCCCUGUCACACAUUCGACGCAUCUCCCAACAGUCCUUGUCAUCCACUUCUUCACGUAGACCAAGAUCAAGUAGUUUCAGUAAUUAUGAGCAAACUUCCUAUGAUGAGGACUCGGUGAUAAGAAUCUAUCUGCAUCGACGUAUCAAAAGAGCAGUUGAAAGAGAAGGAUUAAUCUAUAUAAAAGUAUCACUUUAUCCAGAUGAAUCUGCUAUAGUUAAUACAACAACAGCUGCGCCCGUUUCAAACGCUGCUUUUACAAAGAACCCAACCACACCAAACCUUAAAUUAACUAAAAAACGUCAACAACAACAGAAAUCAGAAAUUGAUCGAAUUGAUAAAAUUAUAUCUGUUAAAAAAGACUAUCAAAUUGGUGUAGUGAUCAAUCUCGCACUUGAAAAGUUUCACGUUCCAGAUGCUCAAGCAGAUGACUACAUUUGUGGAGGGGAUAGUUCUAGGCAAUUGGGCAAAUACAGAAUGUCCUUACGGAGUAAUAAUAAAGAAACCGAAUUAAAUCCAAACGAACUCAUGUCAAAUGUACUACUUAAUUCGACCACAACCACAGUUACAAGUGACCUAUUAUUCGUAUUACGUAAAGCUGGUUCUAUCAAUAAACAAUCCCAGAGGCAGAGACAUCCACCCAAAGGCUCAGCAGGCAAUGAUUAUAACAAGUCAUUACCAAGUCAAUUAUCAACAAGUGUUGAAGAGGACCGUGUUGUCUCAGAAGAUAGAAGGCCAAGUAUUCUUGAUAUAUUAAUGGAUACUCCUAAGUUUAUGGGUGAACGUCGUCCAAGUGUAAUGAGUAGUUUACUAGAUCCUUUACCCCCACCACGUUUUGCGGAGGAAAAUAAUAACAGGAGACCAUCCAGUUCAACUAAUAAUCAGGAACGAAAAUCAUCUUUAAAUAAUAAUAAUAAUGGACAAUCACCUUCUUCUUCCUCUUCUUUAUCAUUUCCAAUCAUUGAAGAAAACAUGGAUAAUAUUGUUGAAGUAACACCAACAUCAUCUUCAUCCAUCAUGACUAAAUCAACUCAACUAUCUUCUUCCACCGAGGUAACAAAGAAAAAGGAAAGUUUAAAGCAGCAAUUUAAAAGAUUUGUAGGCUGGGGUUCAUCAUCUACAACUAAAAAACCAAGCAGCACCAUGAUUCCACCUCCGUUAACAACAAACAUGAAUAGUUACAACAAUGUAUUGGAUUCACCCUCUGAUAUGAGCUUCGUCUCUGCUCCUUCAACCCCAUUGCCUCCAACACCUGGUACUCCACGCUCUUUUACAAGUAAAUCUCGUCAAGGUAGCCAACAAUUACACGGUGAAAGUAAAUUGAUUAUGGAGGUGAACACGCCUACUUCAAUGUCACGUAGACCAAGUGAGACUACCACUCUGAAUGAUCCCUCUGCUGCUUCCUUGGCCGUUGCUUCUGUUGUUACAACCAGCAACAACAAGAGACUAUCCACGGUAUCAUCUGUUUCCUCUUCCUCUAGCACCUCUUCCACUUCUUCCGUUACCUCAGAAGAAAUAGCAGUUGCAGCAAAAAAGGGGGUCGCUCUAGAGGAAUCUGACGACUCUGACAUUGAAAUUGCUAAAAACAAGAAGCAAGCAGUAGUCACAGAGGUUGAUACAUCAGCGGCCGAAGAUAUUCAAGCACAAUAUGCCAUGUGGAUGAAUAGUCAACCAGUUACUACAGCAGUAGAAAUUGUAACUGCGCCAACUACUCCAACACCGGUAUUAAAUUCGGCCAUCCUGACCAAGGCAUUACCUCCUGUUAUCACAAGUCCUGUUCCAGCAGCUAAAAACCCAUUGAGAAAUAAGUCAUCAAAUAUUUCAAAUACUACCACUAUUACAGCGACACCGUCACCAUGUAAUACACCAUCUAUUACGUCUACCAAUACUAAAGAGGAAAGAUCUCUCCAUCCUAUGCCCUCAAACAACGGUCAAGAUUUAGAUGAUUUAUUUUUGCUGGUUGCACACGGAGUUGAUUUCCUAACCACUAGAGAGAACACAAAAUGGGAGGAAGAAGGUGGUUAUGAAUUUCAUCCAUGGAAUAGACCACAGAGUUCAUUUGCUGUUAGACAGCAAGUCCAAAGAAAAAAUGAUGAAAAUACUAGCGCAGCAUUGGCCAUGGCAAGAUCUUUAUUAUUAACACCUUCAAUAAACACAAAUGAAGAGAACGAAGAGGCAAAGCCUAUUUCACCACCAUUGACACCUUUGCCUCAACAAGCCGCUGUUGAAGAAGAGUCACCUUUAUCCAUGGCCAAGCGUAUUUUAGGCGCCAAGCAUGAAGCUCCCGUGGUAGCUAUCACACCUUCAGUUCAAUUACAACCACAACAGUCAGUAGAUGAUGAAGAAUUACAACGUAUUGUUGCUUCUCACAUCGUAUUCUUUUAA